GUGCAACCCAUUUGUAUGCAAGGUCCCGUCAAAUCCCAACGAAGAAGAAGACCUUGCGUGGUGGAGUAGUUCAUGUGGUGUUAAUAUGGCUGCCAUCUGUAACUUCCAUGUGCUGUUUUAUUAUAUCACAAAAUAACUGCUCUCAUCAUUUUUCUUAUCCGUAAAGUUAAUUUCAUUGUAUUGGAUUAACACUGACAUUUACGUACAGAGAGCCGGUUGUUCAAAGAAGCCGUCAGAAUGCAACACGACGACGUUAUAUGGGACCUUAUCGGCAAUAAGAGUUUUUGUUCCUAUAAAGUUAAAACGAAAACUCAGCAGUUCUGCCGAAAUGAAUACAACAUCACAGGCCUUUGCAACAGAUCAUCAUGCCCUCUUGCUAAUAGCCAGUAUGCAACUAUAAGAGAAGAAAAAGGCCAGUGUUUUCUCUACAUGAAAGUUAUUGAGAGAGCAGCAUUUCCUUCUCGCAUGUGGGAGAAGGUGAAACUUGACAGAAACUAUGCAAAGGCUCUGGAACAGAUCGACGAGAACCUCAUCUACUGGCCACGGUUUAUCCGUCACAAGUGUAAACAGCGAUUGACCAAGAUCACCCAGUAUCUCAUUCGAAUCCGCAAGCUCACGCUAAAACGACAGAGAAAACUGGUUCCACUCAGUAGAAAAGUAGAGAGACGAGAAAAGAGGAGAGAGGAAAAAGCUCUUAUUGCCGCUCAGCUGGAAAAUGCCAUCGAAAAAGAGCUGCUAGAUCGGCUAAAACAGGGAACAUAUGGAGACAUUUACAACUUCCCCAUCAAUGCCUUCGACAAAGCUAUGGAAAAACAGGAUGAAGAAAGUGAAUCUGAGGAGGAGGAGGAGGAAGAAGAGGAAGACGAAGAGGAGUCUGGAACGAGAGAAUUUAUUGCUGAGGAUGAGUUUGAAGAGAGUGAUCUCAGUGAUUUUGAGGAAUUGAACAACCUGAAGGACAGCAGUGACGAAGAAGUGAACAAUGAAGAGGAAUCCAGUGAGGAGUCAGAGGAAGAGUCUGAGGAGGAGGAGGUGAAGAGCAAGGCCAAAUCUAAAGGAAAAGCUCCACUCAAAGGCCCAAGCAGGAAAAAACGAGCCUAUGUGGAGAUCGAGUAUGAACAGGAGACAGAACCAGCUCAGAAAAGCAAGGCCACAUAGAGGCUCUGUGGAACGUUUCCAAAUCAUGGAAUGUGAUCAUUUACCAGACACUUGGAUUCAGUUAGAACGUACACUGGUGUGUGUUCAAACACUCCCAUUAAAAGCUUUCUUGUGGGAAUCUUUUUUUUUUUUUUUUUUACAUUGAAUUAUGCUGAUGCCAAGCAUAAGUGCUGUUUUAAGUAUACAUUUGGAUUAACUUGAUCCAUGUAAAAAAUAAUAAAAUUAAGUUCAUAUGACAUGCAGGGUUUACCAAGUAGUGGCUGGUGUUGUAAAAGGGUGAACGUUAAAUAUGUUUUGUAUAUGAAUACAUGGAUUUGUAUUGACGUUAACAGUUGAUAAUCAAGCUGCAAGGAGUAAAAUUAUCUUUAGUAAAAAUAGUUAUUGAAAUUAAUCUAUAUAAACACUAGUAUCAAUGCAGAGAUAAAUGGGAUAGAGGAACGGUAAAUGUUUUAUUUUUGGUCGGAUGUCUUUUUAAUCAGGAGCCUACUGUCUUAGCCAUAGCUUACCUCAUUUAAUAAUAAUGUAAACAACAAUGGUCAUAUUUUAGGUUUUAUGCUUAUUAAAUUGAUUGAAAGAAUCUCAAGCAACUUAAACAAAAAAAAACAAGUCAGGUUUAUAAACUUUAUUUAAAAAACAACAACAACCCUGCCUCGUUUAGUACUUGCAUUCAUAAAAUGGAGUAAAUAGAUUCCCGUUCUAUCAAGCCAACUUCACCUACAUCGAGGGGAAAAGUGGCAAAUGGUCAAAGCUUACGGACAAGAUGCUGCAAGGACAUUUUGGAUACACUUGAAGACUGGGUCAGGGACACAACUGCUGUCUACCUCUCUGAGAAGAGCCUGGGGGGGAAACGGGAAAUGUUAUAAUGGCGUUAAACAGUGUGCAGUAACAAGAUCAUUUUACAGGUAUCUGAAUAAAAAGAACACUGGGUUGUAAAUCUG